AUUGUGGUCCCUCCAUUACCCGGGAAAGCACUGAAGAGACAACUCCCGUUCCGAAGUGAUGAGGGCAUUUUUGAAGAUUCAUUCAUUGAAGAACGACGACAAGGCCUGGAGCAGUUUAUAAACAAGAUCGCAGGACACCCGCUUGCCCAGAACGAGCGUUGCCUCCAUAUGUUCUUACAGGACGAGACGAUCGAUCGAAAUUAUGUGCCAGGCAAAGUGCGCCAGUGAGAGACCCGGGCACACCCUGCUACUCCGCCCCCCUCCCCACACCCAACAUUGCCUGCAAAAUUACAUUUAUUUUUACACUAAGCCUCCACAUGUCCCCUUUCUACAAGCCCCCCUCCCCCCCUCAGCGUCCUUCAUGAGGUUCUCCUACGAUCUUUCUCCGGCCUCCAUCACUCCUCGUCUCUCAAUGCUGCUUGUACAGAGGGCAGACGGUAGCAUUUAACAAGCCGGCCCACCUUGUGACCCCCCCCCCCCUGGACUGGAGUAAGGGAAGCGGUCUGUACUCCUCCAUAUUGUCCCCCUGAGGAAGCUCGGUCCAUAAAGAUUGACCAUCUCUGGGGUAAAGCCUUAUUUCCAGCCGAUCGUUCGGAGCAAAGAGUAACUUCCAGUGGAAUUCCCUCCCCCCCUCCCCCAUCCCUCUUUUCUUCCUCCAAGACUCUGCAGCUAUUUUUAUCACAAUCUAUAACUUGCAAGCCUCCCAGGUCUUGAAGUGAUUAAGCGAAACGCGUACCCGCCUGUCUCUUGCAUCAUCACCACUGUGCGUUUCAUUUACAUUCCCAGCAAGGACCUCAGAUAACGUGUAGGCACGGCGCAGCCAAAAAAA